CAUUUUUAUAUUCAUAGUAUUCACCGCGAAAAUUUGCUACGUAGACGAAAACAGAUUGGGAAUGGGAAUAUUUGUUAAGAUUUGCAUUUUUAAACAGGAUACGUUAAUCGUAAAUUGAAUUGUAUUAACAAAUGUAACGUAAUUUGUUGCUCGAUCAUAACCAGCGAUGUGAACAUACCGAUUAGAUGAAACAAACACGUUUUAUUUUAUAACAAAAACACACAUAUUAAAAAAAUGGAAGAAAGUUCGGUUUUAUGGAUGCUUUCCUUGGUAAUGCUGAUCGGUUCCUGUAUAGCUGGAUCCUUGCCUUUAGUGAUGAACUUAUCCGAGAUCCUACAAAGAACUCCAUGAUCAUGAACAUCAUGAACCUUUAAUCUUUCUAGGACAAAUUGCAUCUGGUUUCGAUACUUGGUGCUGGACUUCUUGUAGGGACUGCGCUAGCCGUGAUUAUACCUGAAGGUAUAAGAGUAUUGUUUACUGGUGGGAGCAACAGUGACCAAGGAUUACACAAUGAACCUCAUUCCUUAAUAGGCAUUACUUUAAUACUUGGUUUCGUAUUUAUGCUUCUGGUUGAUCAGUGUUCAGCUAGAAGGAGCGGAGGAAGGGAAAGGAGCGUUACAGCUACUUUGGGCCUUGUGGUUCAUGCAGCAGCUGAUGGAAUAGCAUUAGGAGCUGCUGCAACUACGUCACAGGCUGAUGUAGAAUUAAUUGUAUUUUUAGCAAUAAUGUUGCAUAAGGCACCUGCUGCAUUUGGUCUUGUGUCAUUUUUACUUCACGAGGGAGUAGAUAGAAAAAGAAUAAGCAGACAUCUAUUAGUAUUUUCGUUUGCUGCACCUUGCCUUGCUCUUAUAACAUAUUUUGGUAUUGGAAAGGAAGGAAAGGAAACCCUUAGCAAUGUCAAUGCAACUGGCUUAGCAAUGUUGUUUAGCGCGGGUACAUUCCUAUAUGUUGCAACUGUGCAUGUGCUACCAGAAUUAAUGACAAGAAAUAACAACUACACCCAUCUACCAACUUCUGAGAAUGUAACAGUCUCUUCUUCUGGACUCAAAGUCAAAGAAAUAUUAGUUUUAGUGAUGGGUUCACUUUUACCUGCAUUAAUUACAACUGGUCAUCAUCAUUGACAAAGUGUACAAAACAACGCAUCUGUGUUUCACUGUGUAUAGUAUAAAAUGUCUCCCUUAUUAAAGGGUAUAAUUUUAUAUGUAUUCUACGAUUUUUAUAAAAAAUCACGAAUCUCGAAAAUUUGUCAAUUGAAACACCAUUUUUAAUAAUAACGAGGCGAUAUACUUUUACUUAUUGUAUAUAACUGUAGAAAGAGCAUAUCGUAAUCAUUAUACAUUUGUAUAAAUUUGAAGGUAGAAGUAUAGGAUGCAAAACCAUGUACAAUAACAAAAGUCAGUUUAAACAAGUUUUCAUUUUUCAGUAAUACUUUAUAAGUAUUAUUUAUCAGUAAAUGAAAUUUUUGUAUACAAAAA